AUGGCAAUCUUCAGCGCCGUCCCUCCCCCCGAGGCCAUCGACCACCAGAUCCCAAACACCGUCUCCUCGCCGCCACCCCAGUCCCAGACUCCGGUCGCCGCCCACGUCGCAGCCCAGAGCGCGACCACCGGCUCCGUCGAUAUCGAGGCCUGGACUGUCUCCGCCCUCGAGUCCCUGAGCGUUAGCCCCAUUGCCCGCGGCACGGGAACGCCGCUGGCUAUCAACCUCGAUGAGCAGGUCAAGAAGGCCUCUGCUGCUGUCGCGAUUGCCACCGAGAAGACAACGACGACGACUGUACAACAGACGCCUAUCCGGCGACCAUUGAGCAGGCGGGAUAGUCAGAAGAAAAGGGAACAGCUUUUGAAGGGGAACGAGGGGAGCCGGGCGCGUCGGCGAUGGGAGAAUGAUCGCCUCAUUGGCGUACCAAACGCUCAACCGCCCCUCCCAAGCGACUGGGAAGUCCAUCCAACCUACCCGGUCCAAGUCGUCCCCUACCAAGUCGCCCAGUACUGGGAUACCGGCCUCCGCCAACGCAUCGAAGAGAAGACCGCCAAGCUCCAGGCUCAACGCAAGAAGCAGCAACGAAAGGACGGGUCCGCGACAGGCUUGUCUGUCGGCGAGGUGCCGCGCGACCUGCGCGAUACUGCAAAGCGGACGCCCGCCGUUCGCGGCUGGGUGCGUGUGCUCGAAGAACCCGUGCGGAGUUUCUUGAAGGAGCGGAGCGAGGCGAGCGAUGCGGAGGGGGAUAGCGAGGACGAGGAGAUCGUGUUUGUCGGCAGGAAGGGGAUGGCUUCUGCUGGCAAGGGGUGGAAGAAGGCUAGGCGGGAGGUGGGGAGUGAGAAGGUUGAUGACGGGAUGGUGUUUGACUCGUUGGGGGAUGACGAGAGUGCUUCUUUCAAGCGAUGGUUGACGCAUUCCAUCUCGGAUUACUACGGUCUACAAUCCCACUCCGUCACUACAGGCGAGCCUGUCCGCCGGGUGGUGUACGUGACGGUACGGGAGCAAGGCAAGCGGUCGAGUCCGAAGAAGCAUACAGUCUUGCCUCGUCCUCUGUGGGAGAUGUGCUAA